UGUCGAAGUGACAAUUUCCAUUAUUUGAAGUUAUUUGAUUGUGUUACUGUCUCAAGUUUCUUUUUAAUAUCUAAUCAGAGAGAUCUAUGUCUAGACUUUGAUCAAAUGCUUCUGAUGUUACCGUCCACUAAAAAUGUAUGAUACAUUAUCCGGAAAAUCACUUCUUUUCCGUUAUAGGUUUUAUAUUAGACCACCAUGUUAGACUGGGCAGGUUCUUCUGUCUAAGUUUAUAACCGAUUGCAACAAUUUUAAAGAUGUUUAAAAAGUCGAAACUUGUGUAAGACAAGAUGAUUAGAUAACAGGAUGAAGGAGUGUGUAAACUGUGGCACUGCUGUAGAAGGGGCAGCUUGGUAUGCUCUAGACCAGCAAGUGGCUACCGUCACAGGGGCACCAGUCAGUGCAACAGUGAGAGAGGGGCUGAAUGAACUCUUCCAGAAUAGAAUAGAUGAUAAGAAUAACACUGAGGCUGGACUGUGUGAAAGAUGCUUUAAUUUGUUGUCUGUUGCUAUCAGUAUGAAGAGAACAUCAGCAGAUGCUUUAGAAAAUUUUAUAUCAACCUCAUCAAACGUCCAUGUCAGAAACCUCAAUGCUCCAUUGUUAUAUGAUCACCUGAAUACAGAAAUUAAUACCAAGUUAGUUUUACAAGAAGGUGUAGACUGGUACUCAGUGAUAGCAGACAUACCUAAGAACAAUGUUAUCUGUUAUGGUUCUACGGUAGCUAUAGAGUACAUUAACUCCAUACAGGAUCAGAUAAACCAGUUCUUUUCUUUUUGUUCAGAUAAAGCAGCUACAAGCACAGAAAGUGAAAUGAAAGAAACCACUUCUCUGAGUUUAGAUAUGUCUGGUUCCAGAUCAAGUAAGAAAAAUAUACAAGGAACCAGCCUAGACAAUGCAUCUGUUACCAGCACUAAAUCCUCUGUUGACAACUCUAUUCAGAAUAGUGAAGGGAACCAGUCUCAAGGCCAACGUGAUGAGGAAACAGAUGAAAAUGUUGAAAAAUGUCAUGAAUCAGAAAAAGAAGAUGAAAUAGAUAGAUGUGACAAUACUGAGAUUAAAACAGGAUUGAAUGAUAGUGCCAGUGAAAAAGAUGCAGACUCAGUACUUCAGAUGAUUGACACUCCAGGCGAUCUAAAUGUAAACCAUGUGACUCUGGACCAAGAUUCCAAAGACAAGCCAGCACAGGACCAAGAUGGAUUUGAUAUGGAUGCGGAGUGUUAUCUAGAAAUACAUGUAGAUGAAAAUGACCAAGAAAAUUUUCUCAAAGAUGUUGAUGGGAAAUCCGAUUUAAGGAAGAAAAUGACGAACAUCCUUCCUGAUCAACUGUCAGAUGUAUCUAGUGAAGAACUUGACUAUGAGGAUUCACCACAGUAUGAAGCAGAACCUGUAUCUACAGAAGAAUCAGAUACAGAUUUAUCACCUUCAUAUGAAAAGAAGUCAGCAAAGGGACAUAAGCAAGCAGAAGAGAAAAGUUCUAAGAGGGGAACUUCUCAAAAGAAAGAAAAUAAUCCUAAAAAAACAAUUGUAUCUGGUUCCCAAGAUAAAAAUUGGAUUAGGAUUGAACCUAGAACAGGUGAUUUACAAUCAACAGAAGACAGUUGGUUAUCAAAUCCUACAGAUUCAGUUGAAAAAUCUUUUGCGCAGGAUUUGGAGUCCGUAGAAACUGAAAAUUCCACCAUACAAUCCAAUGACAGAGAAGGUAGUAUUAUAGGUGACUCAGAACGAGAUGUUACGACAGUAAAUAAUACUGAUCAAUCAAAAAGUGAUGUUACAGCAGAAGGGAAAACUGAUCAAUUGGAAAGUGAUAUUACAGGUGUGAGGAAUAUCGACCAAUCAGAAAGUAAUGUUACAGUAGAGAGGAAUACUGACCAAUUGGAAAUAGAUGUUAUGGCAGAGAGGAAGACUGACCAAUUAGAAAGUGAUGUCACAGGAGAAAGGUAUACUGACCAAUCAAAAAGUGAUGUUACAGGAGAAAGGGAUACUGACCAAUCAGAAAUUGAAGAAAUGGCAGAGAGGAAAACUGACCAACCAGAAAGUGAUGUUAUAGCAGAGAGGAAAACUGACCAAGAUGGAGGUAGAAAAGGAAGCACUGAUCAGGAUGAAAGGACAAAUUCUGAUGACCUCAAUAACACUGUAGAAGAAAAUGUUCAGAAUCAAGUUGAUACUCUACCUUCUAUACCAAAAUAUGGAUUAUGCAGAGGUAAUACUGAAACAGACAUAGUUGAUAUUGAAGUUAGCAGUAAAAAUGAAAUGGCAGAUUCUGUCGACAUUGAGACAUUGCAGCAGCAAAUGGUAGAAUCUAAAAGUGACCCAGGAAUUGAUAUUGAAAAAAUAAGCAGAAGAAAAAAUGUAAAUUCAGAUAGUGAAUUAAUAAUGAGUCCAGAAAAAGAACAGGAAAAUUUGAAAAAAUCUAAAUGUGCUGUUGAAAGUUAUAUGAAAAUAAUAAAUAAGAUGAAAGAAAAACAAAAUGGGGAAAAUUCACAGAAAUCUCUUCCAGAAAAAAGUAGAGAAACACAUAUAUCAGACAAAAUGAAUGUGUUUGAAAGUCCAGUAUUAGAUGAGUAUAUUGCAAAUAAUGCUUUUGAGCUGUCUAAUGUGUUUGGUAGUCCUACAGAAGGAAGAACUAAAUCCGUCAAUAGUUCAGAAAAAUUGGCCAGGAUUGGUAGAAUUAUGGAAAAUGUUCGGGCUAGAAAUUAUUGUAAAUCUAAAGCGGAACGUGAAAGUACGCCAAAAUCUCAAUCUUUUAGGACAAUAUCUGAUGAUUAUCUAAAUAUUACAAGUUCUAAUGAAAAAAGUAAAAAAAAGAAAUCUAAAAACACAGAAAAAAGUAGUAAGAAGAAUGUUGCCAAAACAUCUAAGAAAAAAACCAGUGAUGUCAAUGUGAAAAACACUGAAACAACUAAAAAAGGUGAUGAAGAAAUAGAUAGCAGAAAAAGCAAAAUAAAGAGCCCAACUGGUGUCAAAAAGUGCCUGUUUGCUGAUUUAGGUAAACUACUGGGACCUGAUGAUAUUUAUGCUGCGAGUACCAGUGUAUCAUCUACAGAACGUUCCACAGAUUCAAUGGCCGUUACAAAUGUUGAAACUUCUAAUGGUAAUAAUAUUCCUUCUGAAAAUGCGAAAAAUAUAUCUGCAGCCACAAAUUUAUUACCAGAAGCUGAAGUAAAAUCAGAGGAGGAGAGUGAAUACUUCAAAUCUGUCCAAGAGGACAUUGACAUAUCAAGCUAUAUCAGCAAAACAAAGAAAAAAAAGAAGUCGAAGAAAACACCUAAAGUCCAAAAUCGAAAGUCUUCGUGGAAUAUGAAAGUGAGCAUUAAAAAGAAAGACAAAUCUGCCAAAGAUAAAAGACAAUCUGCAGAUUCGACAAAAACUACUAACGACCUACUUGAUGUAAGUUCAACUGAUUUUGAUUUUGAUGAAGAGAAACCUGUGCUUUCACCUCAGAAUGUUGACAGACAAAACGAAUUACAAGAAUCGCAAAAUAAUGAUCCUCCAUACUUAGAUAUGGAGCAAGAAGUUGAAUUGGACAUGAAUGAGUUGAGCGUUUUGACUACGGAUAUUUUACAGCAUUUACAACCAGUUGUUUAUUUAGAGCGAUUAAGUGAAAAUCUACUGAAUGAAUACUACUCAAGGUCUUCAUCAAAUUCAGUGGAUACUGAAGAUCAAAUAGACGACAAUUCAGGUUCCGAAAGAGGUUCUUCAAUUGGAUGGGAAAGUAGUGAUAAAAAAUAUGAAAGUGACGAUUUGUCUGUAAAUGAUUUAAAGAAAUUAAAGAAAAGUAAGACUUCUACAAAGGAUAAAAUGGUAAACGGUAAACUUUCUUUGAGCAAAACGGCUAAAGAUCCUAAAGUACCCAAAACUGGGUCACAUUAUAGGGCAAAUAUGACAAAAAAAGGAGACAAGGUAGCUAAAACAUGUGACAUUGAGAAAUCUCCGACAAGAAAUGUAAAAGAUAAAGAUGACAAGGUAGCUAAAACAUGCGACAUAGAAAAAUCUCCAUUUAGAAAUGGAAAAGGUAAGGCGUGUAGUAAAAAAACUGAAAAAUCAACAAAAAUUCACAAGUCUUAUGAUGAAAGUAACUUGAAUGAUAUAAAUCCUGCACAAUUAAUCGGAACAAAGAAGUUGUCAGAUGAAUCAAUCCAAUCGAAUAGUGCUACAGUAUCCAAAGAUGGAAAGGAAGUUCCUACACAAAGAUAUGAUUCUAGUAAAUUAGUUAAACAAAAGAAACUUGAAAAAACUACAAGUGGUAAUGAUAUAUUGCAAACUGCACAGAGUGUCACACAAGUUGAGAGCACCAAUUAUUUAUCAAAUGAAAAUCGUUUCAAUAAUGAUGAUGACGCGACUGAUACUGAGUUUCCUGACGAAAAUGAGGAAACUGAAAUAAUAACUAAUAGCAGCAAUAAGACUUUUGCAGAUGCCACUGGAUAUCAAAUGGGUACUAAUGGAGAACCAAUCACAGCUGAAGAUACUACAAGGCAAUUGGGUUCUAUAAUUGUAAUGAAUACAUCUGAUGAUGCAAUCUAUUUAUCUGAUAAAGAUCCAUCUAGUGAAGGAUUGCUGAUGGAUGAAAAAGAAAAAGAAAAAGACAGUGAUCCAUUAAAAUGCAUCUCUGAAACUAUGGAAUCUGACCUCUUUUUACACCAUGGUAAGAAGUCCAGUAAUGUUGACACAUCUGUGGAGGGUAAACAUGGUAAUGCAAAUAAUGAAUCAUUACAGUAUAUUGAAGGAAAUACACAAAGUUUUCCACUGUCAGGUUUAGGAGAGGACAUCAAUACUAAAACAUCCAUUGUAGAAAAGGAUGCACAAAAAUCACUAGAUGAAUAUGAAAAUGACCAGGAUAUAGUAGGCUAUUCAGAAAGUGGUGUAGGGGAAUGCAGUAACACAACUGUCAACAAUGACAACAUUAACUUGAAAGACAUUGACAGUCAGCCUACAACAUCAUCUACAGGACAUGUUAAUGUACAACAGCCUCAAAGCGAAAAAGAAUUCAUAGAAAAUUCAGAUAAAGUUACAGAGUUGACAGGUAUCCAAAAUGAAACAAAUUUUCAAAUUGAAGUUUGUGAGGAACAUGAAAAUGGCGAAAUAGAAAUAUUAAAGGAAAAUAGCAGUGGAAAAGCAUUAGUAGAAAAUAGCACAGUUGCUUUUAAAAAGUUGACAUCCUUAGGACAUUUAGAUGAACAAGUAGUAUCAGCUACUGAGGUAGAGGCAAAUGAACUCAACCCUGUCAUCAAUGAGAUUGAGCCUAAUGAGAACAGAACCUCAUUUACUGAAAAUGAAAGUAGUGUUCAGAUUGAAGACAGUCGGGAAAAUGAAGUGAAUAUUGAAAUGGAAAGCACAGGACAGAAUGUAACUAUAAAUGAAUCUGAGACUAGCUUAGCAGUAACGGACAAACUUAGAAACUGUGAAUGCUCAGAUGUCAAUACCGAAAGUGAUAUAAACACAGAAGAACUUGAUCAUACACAAAAUGAAUCUAGUGACAAUAUUUCAUUUGCUGAAGAUGGAACAAUUGUCAAAAUAUACACUAAAAGACCGGAAAUUGCUGAUAAUGAUUUAAGUGAUGAUACAGAUGUUUCAGAAAAAUGUAAAAACAAUGAAAAUUCAGAUUCCAAUACUGUAAUAUCAAUGACUGAAAAUGUACAAACCACAGAGCCAAAUUUGGAAAGAUUUAGUGAAGAUAUUAACAGUACAAAUAAUGAUCCACCAUUUACUAAAAAAUCAUGCACUGAUAAAACGUCAGAUUUUAGCAGUGGGAUAUCAGAAAAUUUAAACCGUAUAGAAAUCCCCAAUAACACAGCAGUUGAAAGCAUAAAGACAACUGAUACUUCAAGUGUAAUAGUUGAAAUGGAUUCAAAAGAUACUGACAUAUUUACAUGUGCAGUAUGUGGAAAAAAAUUUGGAGAUGAAUUUGCAUAUCAUUUUCAUAGUAUGAAUAAACAUCAGAUAUCUUCUGAAAAGGAAAUUACCAGUAAUAAAGGAACUAGGAAUAAGUCAGUCACCAUGGAUACAAAUAUGGCUACCAUUGAUACAGGCAAAGCGAAUCAUGGAAAGAAAGGAUAUGCAAAAAAACAUGCCCAUUCAAAAAAGACUGAAACAAAUAUAACAUUAGAAGAAAUGAAAAUUUUUAAAAAGGACAAACUUUCUAAUUUACAAAUUACUGCAAAUGGACACGAUAAAAGAAGGGAGAAGAGAAAAAAUAAUAAUCAAAGGGAGAUAAAAAGUAAUGUGAACUGGAGGAGAAAAAUAUUUGAACGAACUGGAACAUGUGGAAGAAGAAAGCAAAUUGAAGACUUAGAAACAAACGAGAACUCUGAAAGUGAUGAAAAUGGAAAUUUGGAAAAAAGGGAAUUUGCCAUGCCAAAAAAAUAUAGAAUUUUAAAAAGUAGCCAAUGGCUUGAUCAGCAUAUGAACACUGAUGGUAAAAUUUCUUCAAGUGGAGAAUCUGAUAUAAUAGAAACAUUAAGUAAAAUAAAUCCAGUACAUAAAAGCUUUCAAAAAGGAAAUUUUAAUCAAACUGAUCUAAUCAUAGGAUAUGGAGUUAUUGAUAAAGUUAGAGAAGUACAACGAGAAAUAGUUGAAAGAUCAGCUCGGUCAGGACGAAUGAACAGAAAUUCUCUCCAUGAGUCUCCAAUUGGAGAAACAACUGACAAAACAAAUGAAAGCAUCAAUAGUGAGGCACAAGAAGUACCUGUUAAUGUCCCUCGCAAACGUGGCCGACCUAGGAAAAAGAGAAAGAAGCGCAAAGUACAUUCAACAAAGUCACCAACUAAGGAUGAUUCAACAUUAAGCUCAGAUAGUUUAAAAAUUCACCUUACAAAAGACAGUAGGAAAGGGUAUUGCUCUAAGAAACAAUGGAAGAGUUCAUUACACACAUUAUCAGAUAGCAGUGAUUUACCCGAGGAAAUGGUAUCUCCUAAUGAAGAUGUUUGGUUUGGAAAUAGUCCAGCUGCCUACCCUUCAGUGACAAGCCCACAAACAAACAGUGAAAUAGGCCAGGAAUCAGAAUGUAGCAAGGCCUCUUCUAAAAGAAAGACAGAACAUUUGGAGAAGAAAACAAGUUUUAACGGCAUUGAAUAUCAAGCAAAGUCUGUGAGGAAAUCCAUGAUCGGGAAAGUGAUGAGGAAAGGAAAUCUUAAAAAUGAUCCAUGUGUCAGCUCAUCUGAAGAAUCUUGUGAAGACAUUGGAAGUUUUUGGAAAACAAACCCUGGAAGUGGUCCAUGUCAUACUAUUAGCAAAGCCCCUCAGUCUUCUGAUACAGGCAGUGAAUCUUCUGUAUCUAAUAAAAAAUGUCCUACAAAAGCAGGCAGAAGGACAAACUUAAGUCAUCUGCAUGAAAAUAUUCAAAAGUCUUCCAACCAUGGAAAAACCUUUACAAGUAGUGAUAGCGAUCUGAAUCAGAUAAAUGAAGUUGGUAAAACUGGCACAGAAUCAGCAGAAAUGAGCAAAGUUUCAACUCAGGCAGAAAAUAUCAGUAAAUCAAAUGAACAAGAGAGUACAAUGGCAAAAAAGAUAGCAAGUGAAACAAUCGAUUCAAAACAUGAAAAAUUUGUUGAUUUUGAUCAGAAAUCAGGUAAAAAUGAAGUCUUGAAGAAACCUAAAACAGGAAAAGGUAAACAGAAAAAGUCAGGAGCUAUUUCAAAACAAAGGAAAGAUCAUGGUAACAUAUUUGAAAAUUUUGAUUCUAUAGCAACUGCCAAAAGCCCGGAAAGUGUUAAAGAUCACGAUAAAUCUAAUUUAAACGAUGAAUAUGUGAAAACAGUAGAGGAAAGUAUGGUCUUACAUGAUGACAACAUCAAAGCAAUCACAGGCAAAGGUCUAGAAUUCAAAAAGUCACCUAAUAAUGAAAGCAAUACUAAUGAUGACCUUGUCUUAAGUGGAAACCUGACUCUGAUAGAUAAAAGCAAUACUAAUAAUGUAAAUGUUUCCAGUGGAUACCAGACUCUGGUAGGUAGCAAUAUCCAAUAUAAACGCGGUCCAGUAAGCAGUAUUGAGACUGAGGAAAUAAUAGAAUCUUUAACAGAAAUUCAAAUGCCAUUAGAAAUAGAAUCUGACAUUGAACCUUAUAGUUUUCCGAUAAGCAUUGAUUGUGGUGUUUCCUUAGCAACACCUCAAACGACUACAGUCAAUUAUGUACAGCCUAUAAGUAUUGUUGAUAAUGUAGCCACAAAAGAUUUGCCAUACCCGAAUGUUUGUGCCACCUCACAUAAGACUAUGCAUGAAGAUUCUUGUAAACUUGUUAAUAGCUUGUCACAGUAUGCUGUCACUAGCAGGGAAAAUAAAACACAUAGGAGUCAUACCAUUGCUGAUGAUGUAGUUGUUGUUGAAUCAGAAAAUAAAGUAAGAACUCCCCAUGAUCAGUCUAAUAUUGAAUCAGAAAAUGAUGUCACAUCUCCCCAUGAUCAGUCUAAUGUGGGGUCAGGCAAUUAUGGACAUAAAGGAAAUUUAUCACCUAAUGGCACUUACAUACGGAAAGAUAAACACAUGGAAAACAAACGUACUGAUUUUGCCUUUAAGAGACCAGCACCUGUUUCAGGUAAAAAAAGUAAUCCCUGUUCUGAUGAAAAUGACAGUGAUGAAGGAAAAAUUAUUUGUUCAGUUCCGCCAAUUGAAAAACAGCCAUCUUGUAGUAUUUUAGAAACUGUAUUUGGGUCUCAUGCAGUGUCUCCUCCUAAAAGGCGAAAUGUAGUAUUUGUCAAUUUAACAAGUAAAAAAGCUAGGGAACUAGAAAGGAAAAGAAAGGAGGAGGAAAAAUUACCACAAAACCAACCGAAAAAACAAAAUGUGCCUUUCUUUUUUCCUUCUAAGAAAAGAAAGAUGACACCACAAAUUAACAGGACUCAAAAUGAAAAUAUUUGUCGGCAAGUUGGUGGUCCAACUCCAUCUAAGACAAUAAAGCUUGAAAGGUUUGAUAUCAUGAAAAACACAGAAUCUAGUGGCGGGAUAUCUAGUAGGGAAACCACUCAUUCAAUUGGAGCUAAACAUUUUAGAAGUAGCAGUCAAGAAAAAAGUGAUGCCAAAGGUUCAAACAAUGAAGGUGUUUUUAGCGAGGUUUCAAAUAAAGAGCAUGUUAACGAUUGUGGAGCUCAAAAUAUUGGAAACAAAAGUCAACAGCAAAAAACCAGAGGUAAACAUGAUGCAAAUGUUAGUCUACCUACAAAUCAGCGAAAGAUGGGUUUUAGUAGAGGCAAAAUGAUAGGCAUCGAUGGGAAGCCAUUAAAUAGAGAAAAUAUAGUAAUUCACAGAGAACAGUUACCUCAAGAAAAUUUCAACAACUUUGGGGUAAAAAACAUAGGUAAUGAUAAUCAACCAGUAAAUCAUAGCUAUGGAGGAAAAAAUAUCCAUUCAUCUAGUCAGUAUAAUAAAGGAAAAAGUAUUAGCCAAUCAUCUGAUAGAGAUAACAGUAACCUUUUUGGAACAUGUAAAGAUAUAGAAAACCUGUUACCAACGAUUGGAAAUUUGCACAGUAAUGACAUUAGUGUAAUGAGCAGUGUGAAACCUGAACAGGGAUCCAGCUCCAAUAAUUUGUUUGAUUUUACUAAUAUCUUCGAUGUCAAUAUAAUUACACAAGAUAAUUUUUAUCAAGAAUCUACUGGUUUGGUCAUUGAUAACAAGUCAAAAGCAUUGACUGGAAUAGAUCUGGCUUCCGUUACAGCAACAUCUGAAAAUAUACCACAAAAUAUGACAGGUGUGAACAAUGUACCAUCCAUGCACAGUAUACAAACACAAGGAAAUAUUGUCUAUAAAGAUAUGUCAAAAUUAUAUUCUGCUGCAAAUAUACAUACAUCUAUUUCUGUCACACAAAUAGGUGGAAUUAUGCAUGAAAGGGAUGACCCAUCAAAAGUAUGUUCGGUUCAAAAUGAAACAGAUGUAAUGCCAAAUUUGGUCAACCAAACCCAUAUACCAGGAAGUCAUAAUGUUUCAACAAAAUUAUAUGAAGUGAAAAGUUUUGCUUCUAAAAAUGGUGAUGAUCAUGUGAUUGACUUUUUAAACUUGGACAAUUCUCAUGCUGAUAGAUUGUUAGAGGAGAUUGAGACCAAUACUCAGCCGUCACACGAAACUGAUCAUGAAAAAAUACAGAGAAGGGGAAAGUUAGGGUCUCUUUACAUGUCCAAUAAUGCAACAUCUAGUGGGCCAUCUCAAGGAACACUUGCUUCCAAUUUAGAUUUGUCUCAAAAAGCUUAUAUUUCGACCAAGGCAAUUGGAAAUCAGAUGAAUAUGAAUAAUUCUGGAAAAGGUAUAAAGAAUGCUGAGAGCCAAUCUGAUAUAACAUCCAAGCCAACCAAUAUACUGGAUAAUUUAAUUCUGAAUGAGAACAAAAAGUUAGUUGUCUCCCUUCAAAAACUUACACAUAGUGACAUUCAAAAGCAAACUCGUGUGACUGGUUUGGAAACGAUGGAAACAGAAACAGAUUCUUAUAUUGAAGAAUUUGAGGAGGAUGAUGAUUUGCCAAGCUUGAAACCAUGGCAUUGUGCUCUUUGUAAUGAACAAUACCGUCUUAAAAAAGAACUUAUUCGCCACAUUUCUAUAGUCCAUGAAAUUUCACAGUUUGAUUCUCGACUAAGAAACUAUAUUUGCAACAUGGAGGGUAAACCAAUGUCUAAUAAUUCUCAUAUACUUUCAGAUGAUAUACUAAAAACAGGACAAAAUACAGCUAUGUCUGUAACAUAUGCUGAUGUGAGCAAUAAAAAAGGUCAUGGUCAAACUGUGCCCUAUAGUCAAAUUGCUCUCGGUCACAGAGACAAGAUUAUUACAAUUGUGGAUCAAGAAGAGGAUUCAGUAAACAAAAGUGUUGGAACAAUAGAAAAGAAGCAAUCAAAAAUUGUCACCAAUGUCAGUAUUGAUCCUCGCUGGAAGUGUCUAAUAUGUCCGAUGAGAUUUCUAACAAAAAUCGAUGUAAUUCAACAUGUUAGAAUGAAACAUAAACAGACCACUAGUGAAAGCACUCCUUACGAAUUUGAGCCUGCAAGCCGUCAAACUGAUCAAAGUAAUCAGUCUGCCACAGGAACUUCAGAGAAAUCUAGUCUAGGAAAUAAUUCAUCUUUUACAGCUCCAAGGAAAGUUAUUAGGAGAAAGAAGGAGGAAAAGAAGAAAGCAAAAGUUAAAGAAACAUCGGAAAUAUUAAUCAUAUCUUCUAAGACAAAUUCUAUUCCUUAUGAUAUAUUUCGAGCACCUAUGGACGAACCUGAAGAAUUGAGACAGAUAUUAUCAGUAAAAUGGUACUGUAAAUUAUGUCCAAACUGGUAUAGAUUAAGGAAAUGCUGUUUACAACAUGUACAGAAAGAACAUGAUAUCAGAGGUAACUGGGCCAGGUUCUACUUCCAUAACUCACAACAAGUAACACGUAUUCCGAGCAUGGAAAUUUGUACAGGUCCUCAUGUUGAUGUCAAGGCAUAUCAAUUCUGUAUUGUUUGUGGGCGAUCUUAUGUAGAUGUGAACGAAACAACAAGACAUGUACGUCGCAAUCAUGGCUACAUUGCGGAAGUUCAUCGUACAAUGUGUGUUCAGGAUAAAAUGGACACAAUAAAGAUAAUAGUUGCAUGUGACAUUUUUAUGGAUUUACAUAUGUAUGUUGUUGGCAGUAAAUCGGCCUUACUGGUCCAGAAGGACUUUUUUGAUGAACUUUUUCAAAAUUGCAUGAGUAAUAAUAUAAGAGAUUUCAAGGAUUCAGAUGUGGCUGUAGCAAGGCAAUUAAAAAGAAUUCUUUUUGAAAAUGGAAUGAUUAAUUUGGAACCUUCGGAACAAGAGAUGUUGGGAGAUGUUGCUCAUAAUUAUGACGUCUACAAAAUAUCAUUUCAAGAAGAUUUUCAGUGGGAUAGAGGAAGUCAGAAACAUGGAUCCACGGGCGGAAAAAUGUCGCAAGACGAUAGCGAUUCUAGUGAAGACAAAGAUCCUAACACAUCUAGUGACAGUAGAAGAAAUGUGUCCGAAGAGACCAGGACGUCUGAUAAUUCUGGCAGAUCAGACAUUGUAUCAUUGCAUCGUUGUCACAAGUGUAACCUUUCCUUCGAAGACAGGAUGGCACUGGACAAGCAUAAUCUAACCCACAAGAUUCAGGUCAGAUUUAGUUGCAGACUUUGUAGUAAAAAUUUUCCAAAGUUAUUUUUCCUUCUCCAGCACUUAGAAGUAAAACAUAAUCAGACACAAGCAACUUAUUUCCAGUUUGUUCUCGAACAUGAACAAGUAAUUGAGGAAGAGGCUGAGACUGAGGAACAGAUCAUGGACCAAGCAGGUAAUGAAUCUGACUCAUCAAAUUCUGCCAUUAUCAAUAUACAAUCUGGUGAAGAUAAUGAGGAUCAGGAACUUGAUUCUGAUGAUGUUGAAACAACAGAAACAAGAACAUGUUUUGUUUGCGGAAAAAAUUUUGAAACAAGACUUUCUUUAUUCACUCAUUUGAAAGAUAAGCACAAAAUUUAUAAAAGGAAGUGUUUAAAUUGCAAUAAGAAUUUUUCUUGUAAGACUGACCUUCAGAAGCAUUUUGCAGAUAUUCACGAUAUUGAUUUUGUUGUUGAUUUGUCGGAGCAAAUCUUUCGUUGUUUUGUAUGUGAUGUGAUUAUGGAAAGUCGUUCUGAACUAAAAGAGCAUUUGCCAACACAUGAGAAAGAGGGUUAUAAUUGUAAUCUGUGUGAAAUGACGUAUACUGCGCCUUCUAGUUUGAGAUUUCAUAAAAGGACAGUGCAUUGGAAAUUAGAGGGCACAAGGUCAUGUAAAAUCUGUGAUGAUAAAAUGUUCACCAAUAUGAAGGCUUAUGAAUCUCACAUGUUGAAUCAUUUUUAUGAUUUUCUUGGUCCAAUGAAAUGUGCAAAAUGCAAUAUUACAUGUAAGAAUAAAAAAGCAUAUAAACAACAUAUAGCAAGCCAUGGACUGUCACUAGUAUGUGAACAUUGUGGAAAAGUUUGUUUGGACCAGCAUGCAUUACGUCAUCAUGUUGUUACUCACAAUUUAAGUAAAAAAUGUGAAAUUUGUGGAAAAAUGCUAAAUAAAUAUAGUUUGAAAAAUCACAUGACAAAAGUACAUGGUGAAAAAGAAAAGGCAGCAUGUCCACAUUGUGGUCGACUCGUUAACCAGAGUUACAUGAACGCUCAUAUCGAGGAAAUGCAUAAUAAAGUUAAAACUUUCGAUGAGAGGAAGAAAAAAGUUUGUGAUGUUUGUGGAAAAGUCUUUAAAAGACCAGGACUACUGAAAACACAUAUGGUCGUGCAUACAGGAGAGCGACCUUAUGUAUGUGAAGUGUGUGAUCGAAGUUUUGGUUAUAAAACAGCAUUAAAUACUCAUUAUGCCACACAUAAAGGAUUUAAGCCACACAAAUGUAAAUUUUGCACAUCAUCAUUCUGGCUAAUAAGUCAAUGUAAGGCACAUAUGAAAUCAGACCAUGGAUAUAUUGACCCAGAUUUGAAACAUGCAUGUCACUGUUGUGAUAAACGAUUUAAACACUUGGCUGGUCUCCGUUUACACAUGGAUGAAACUCACCCUGAAAUGGUUCCGGGUCCAAAGUUUUAUCCUUGCCAUAAGUGUAAAAAAGAGUUCAAAUACAGGAAAAGUUUGAGGGAGCAUGUAGCGGUGUGUUCUCCAGGAACAGAGUUGGGAAAUUUAUAUAGGAAGAGAAAUGAUACUAGUAAUUCGUCAGGUUUUGUUGAUUCACACGAACCACAUGUUGUUGAAAUGGAUGUAUUUGAAACAUUUCAAGAUGUAGGUCAUAAUGAAUUACAAAUUCAUGAGCAGAUAAUUUCGGAUCAACCACACCUUGCAAGUGGGAUGAUACAAAAGCAGUUGACCACUGUAGACGGGCAGCAAAUUAUUAUUCAGGAACAAUCUGGUGAUGUAUCCUAUCAAACAAUAUAUAUACAGUCAGAAGAUCCAGCCAGUCAUGGACAGGUCUAUGUUCAGGAUGUAUCAAGUCAGGACCAAAUCAUUCUACAGGAAGGAAAUAAUGAAGGGGAGAUAAUUGUGGCUUUACCUGACAAUUGUGGUGAAUAUAAUGUUGAUUUUCUGACUUCUAGUAAUGCUAUUGUUGAAGAAGGAGAUAUUGGAUAUGCUGAGAUAAUUGUACAAGAUCAAUGAAAACUGUUAUUAUUUUGUUUAAUUGAAUCAUACGGUAGUAACUUAGAAGGGCCUUAAAUUCAGUAUUAAUCAUGUGUAAAUUUAUUAAUCCCAAUCUUUGACAAAUUGUGACAAUUAAAGGCACUGAACUUUCAUGUUCUGUGCAGGAUGGGUUUUUCCUCAAGACGAACAAUUUCUUUUUGACUUAAAUCAAACCGAAACUAUUUUUUUCAAAAACAUACAGGAACAAGAACUUUUUUAAGAAAAUAAAUUAUUUUUGUCACUUCUCUUCUGAAACAAAUUAACUUUUUUUUUAAAGAAAUUUAGAAUCAAACAAUUUAUUAAAAAAAAACCAUGACCGCCUACAAAAGAUGAAUGGUGGGUACCUAAGGCAACGUUUGUUAAUGGAAUUCCUAUAAAAGUUGAAUAAAAUAUUAUUUCACUUUCUAAAUUUUAAAUGAAAGUUACAAAGUUCAUUCUACCACAAAAUCAUUGCAUUAAAUACUGAAAUUAAAGUAUCAUGAUCAUGUUGCUGUUGUGACAUAAAUUAAUAGACAGUAUUGUAAAGGCCAUUAUAGAAUUAAUUUGAUUUUAAGGAUGUUCACUACUCUUGUUUUUGAUUUUUUGUCUUAUUUGCUGAAUCCUCUAGUUUUAUCCAUGUAGUGCCAAUAAAAAAUUUGCCCGCAAACCCUACUUUUAUUCAUAUUUUAAUUAUAUAUAGUUUAAAAAGCAAAUUUUGAAAAUCUUAUUAAAAUUCUUGUUAUUUUUUAUACUAUCAACAGUCUUUUAAAAAUCUUGUUAUUUUGUAAAAGAGGAGCAAACAUCCUUAAGCUAUCCUUGUAUACAAGGGAGAUAAUAAGUCAAAGGGAGGUAAAUCAACAAUACUUUGAAAGAAAUUAAGAUAAGAAUAUUGUUCAUUGUUAAGAUUGCCAAUCAGUAUCAUAUGUAUACUUUUUAUGGUUGUUGUUAAUUGGUCUGUCAUAAACUGUUGUAAACUAAAAUGGGUAUAUUUCAAGUCAUUUGCUUUUAACUUUACAUCACUAAUAGUCUAUUUGCCAAUUCUGUACUUGACCUUUUAAAUAGAAAUCCAUUUGUACGAGUUGUUUCCCUUAGCUGUUAGAAGGGACAUUAAUUUUCACUGACAAUGCAGAGGUGGCGACACAGCAAAUUUAUCUGUAUGUAAUGUGUCUUUUAUGUUUAAGUUUUUUCAAAUCUUUUAAUUGCAUUUAAUCUUUUGUUAAACUAAAAAUAUUUGAUUCAAUAGAUAUUUUUCAUUAUAAAUUGAUUAAAACACCAUUACAUUAAUUUUAACUUAUCAUGCUUUUCAUGGACAGCAGUCUAUUUUGUUUGGUUUAGAACCAAUCUUCAGUUGACAAAGGGAAACAACUUGUUGAAAGUGUGUAUUAAAAGAAUCAAGAGUUUUUUUGCUCUGUGUUGAAGGCCUCACUGUGACUUUGAGAUGAAGAACAGCAAUAAAAGCGCAUUCCUUUGCUUUUUGUGUGUUUUUUUUUGCUGUGCAUGUACUGAUUUUGUGUCAUGGAUUGAUACCCGUAUCCUUUGUUAUACGACCGCAAAAAAAUUUUGUGGUCGUAUAUUGGUAUGACGUUGGCGUCGUCGUCGUCCGGCGUCGUCGUCCGAAGACACAUUGGUUUUCGCACUCUAACUUUAGUUUAAGUGAAUGGAUCUUUUUGAAAUUUGACCAUAAGGUUAAAUACCACAAAAGGAAGGUUGGGAUUGAUUUUGGGGGUUAUGGUACCAACAGUUAAGGAAUUAGGGGCCAAAAAUAAGCAUUUUCUAGUUUCCAGUCAAUAACUGUGGAACGGUGUAUGGAUCUCUCUGAAAUUAUACUACAAGUUUCCAUACCACAAAGGGAUGGUUAGGAUUUGCUUUGGGGGUUAUGGCUCAAACCGUCUAGGAAUUAGGUGCAAAAAAGGGGGAAAAACAAGGUUGUCCUGGUUAAUGGACAAAUACUUUAGUACAAAACAUAAUUUAAAGCAGUGUAAGGGAGAUAAA